UAUGUUCAGUAAAUAUCCGGUCAUAGUUUUUUAGGCCAUUUGAAACCCAAAUAAAAAAGUCACAUGACCUUUCAAAUGAAGAGAAGAGAAAACAUGGCGACUGCAAUGUAUUUAGAACAUUAUCUGGACAGUCUUGAGACUCUGCCAACAGAGUUACAAAGGAAUUUUAACCUUAUGAGAGAUUUAGAUCAGCGAACUCAAGACCUAUUAAAAGACAUUGAUGGACUAGCAGAGGAGUAUUUGAAAAACGUUAGAGGGAUGUCGCCAGAAAAACGAACGCAGAAACUCUCUUCAAUAGAAAACAAAUUCUCAAAAAGCAGAGAAUAUGGAGAUGACAAAGUACAGUUAGCCAUGCAGACAUAUGAAAUGGUUGACAAGCAUAUACGAAAGUUAGAUGCAGAUCUGGCGAGAUUUGAGGCAGAUCUUAAAGACAAGAGUUCAGCGGCAAAGCUAAAAUCAGAUUCAGACUCGGGCAAAAAGAACAGAGAUAAAGAUAAAAAGAAAAGGAAAAAGGAUGAAUUUGAUGAUGAAGUUCCAAAGAAAAAAAAGAAAAAAGGACAACAGAGUGCCCCAGAAGAAGUGGCCUCUAUACCAAUUCUGUCCUCUCUGUCCAUCACUCAUGCUUCUGAUGUCCUGGACAUGCCGGUGGAUCCCAAUGAACCAACUUACUGUCUCUGUCACCAAGUAUCCUAUGGAGAAAUGAUUGGCUGUGAUAACCCUGAUUGCCCCAUUGAAUGGUUCCAUUUUGCUUGUGUGGGCUUGACAAUGAAACCCAAAGGAAAAUGGUUUUGCCCACGGUGUACAGAGGAAAGAAAGAAAAAAUAACGGAAACAGAAGCAGUUGAAGAACCUUGUACUGUAGUUCCUAGCCAGGCCUGAAUCACCGACCAGCGAGCCUUAUGAAACACAGGAAUACCAUAAGAAUACAUAGAAUGCAAGAAGUGCAUGUGUGACAAAAUGUAUACUAAUAACUUAUUUUAUUUAUUUCUUAUCAGCACCUGAUCAAAGAUCAAUCAAUGGUAGAAAUAGAAAUUUAUGUAAUGGUUUCAAACAAAUCUGAUAUUCAGAUCUGACAGGCCUGUACAUCAUGUUUGCCUCCGGGCAGUCAAUAUUUUAAAGGAAGGUCCAAGAUAAUCACAUCAUGAUAGUGCCAUAUCAAGAGGGUUAAUGGUAUUUGUAACAGAGAAAACUUGUUCGGAAGUUUUAUUCCUGUAUUUUUUAAAUUUUAUUUUCCUCAUCUGUUUUAUGAAUUAACACUUUUUAUUCAAAUAUAAGAAAAACAAUUUGUAAAAACUUCUCUUUUAUAAAAUGUUGUAAUGUGUACAAUGUCUGUGAAUUGUGUACGUAAAAAAGUAGUCAAGAAAUUUUGCAAUGAAUUUUGAAAAGAGACACCAAGUGUUUCAUCUGUAAAGUUGUUAAGUUUUACUGGAACUCCUUUGUGAAACAAUGCCUCAACUUUUCUUGGUAUGCUAGCUGUAAAUGAAUUUGUGGCACACAAGAUAUUUGUUAUCAUCCCUCUCUACCUUACUAGUAUUACCUCCCACCAAAACUUGUUUGCUUAUUAAUAGCUUUAUCAUGUUGACCUUACUUUUCUGUUAAAACUUUUGUUGUGAAACAUCAGAAUAGGAGAUUACUCCUGGGUGAGAGAAGGGUUACCCUCCCUAUUGUUCAACUUGUUAAAACGAUGUUUGCAAGAUGUUAGUGUUCAUUAGCAUUCAACUAACAUCUCUCCCCUCGCUUGACACAAAUUGUACGUAACAUGUCAUUGUUAUUGUUAUUUGUACAAAAUAAAUCACUGCAAACUCA